AUGAUUCAGUGUGAGAAGAUUGCAACGCUGGGAGAUUGUUACUACUGUGUUUCUGGUUGCCCCAACGCUGUGCCAGAUCAUGCUGAAAGGAUUGUCGAGAUGGGUCGCUCAAUGUGUGUAGCCAUUCAGCAGUUCGAUGAGGAUCAUGCUGAACAGGUAAGCCUUUUGAUACUCUUUUCCUCUGCUUUCGAAAUUAUUGUACCGCUUGCGUAUUCGCUAAAAUAUGUAAUGGAUUCGAUGUCCAUCGGUUCACCACUAGUAAGGCUGAUGAUUAAGCUGACUGAUUAA